AUGUCUGGAUCAGCCGUAUCGCCGUCAAGCUCUCCACGCUUACCCAGCCCUCCUCCUUUCACAGAAGUACAGAUCGCACCCAAAUCUCCAACUGUCAACGACGGGAAAAGUGAUGGAUCCGACGAAUUUUUAGGGAUACCUCAUGGUCAGGAUGAUGCAUCAGCACGGAGAAUACGCCCCGGAACAAAGGCUGCAAAUAUGGCCUCUGGUCCCCCCUUGGUUCCGCUCUCUGAGCUCGAUUCUCCCUUUCAGCUCCAAGAACAUCUCAAAGCCUCAUACCAUCAUUUCACACAACCCGCAGGUUCUGAUACCGUUGCCCCAAUAACCCGAGAAAUCGCACGAGACUUAGCAGAGCCCCCAGCAGGUGUAGAAAGGUCACUUUGGCUGUACGAAUUAUGUCGAUUCCUUACCAUGAAAGCAAACAACCUCGUCGUUGCGUUCUUCGCAGAAGAGCCACCAUGCUCAGCGCAAACCUGUCCCGAAAUGCGUGCUUCUGAGUGGCAGUACCUAUGUGCCGUCCACGACCCGCCUAAAUCAUGUUGUGCAAUUGAUUAUUGCUGUCAUACUCUCGACUGGGCAACAAAUGUUCUCACGUCACCCAAAUUCUUCCCAAGCCGACUCACUCUUGGUUCUGAUGCGACUGGAGGACCUCAAGCAAGUAUGAGGCAUCUGACGAAUGUCUUCCGGCGGGUGUACCGAAUAUUUGCCCAUGCCUGGUUUCAGCAUCGGGGAGUUUUUUGGCAGGUUGAAGGACAUGAUGGCCUUUAUGUCUUUUUCAAGACUGUUUGCGACGUCUAUAGCCUCAUUCCUGAUGACAACUACACAAUACCACCUGAAGCAGAGGGUGAUGCUUCUCACACCGAACCCUCGAAUAGUCAGAGUCAAGGUGUUAACAGAAGGCUGACUAUCCUGCGCAAGGAGGACUCAGUAACAGCAACGCCUCCCAACAGCCUUGAAGAGCCUGGUACAGGCUUGUCUGCAGCAACUACAAGGCGACAUCGACAUUCUCCGUCAACAGGUGUGGGCGUUACAACGAUUGCCGAGGCGGCAGAAGAUGAUGACCUAAAUAAAAACACCCUAGAAGGGACCCAGCCACUCAAAGAACCUAAGGUAGGAAGAAACGAGAAGAUUACCGAGGACAUCGCCGAGGAAAUCACCGAGGAACCGGAAUCAUUGACCCAAGACGAAGGGCAGAAUAUCUCACUCCAAGAACAAUCCACAGAAUCCAAUGACUCAAGUAACACGGAAAAGCCUGCUGCAGUAUUAGAAGAAUCCGCCUCAACUUUGCCUGCUCCAGCAGAAGUGACAGAUUCUGAAAAGGAGCCAACCGAGGAAACACCUGGAUCCCCCGGACCAUCUGAACCCACUGUUUCAAGUAUGGACGAUGGACUGGAAGAGAACCAAACAGAAAUUCCUGCUCAACCGAUAGAGGAGAAAGGAGAAGAAGCCAGUGAAUCCCAGAUAACACAAGGUACCGAGAGCAAGCUAGACGAAGAGGACACUUCUGCCAAGCCUGAAGUGCCAAUUGUUUCUGAUACUCCAAGUACGGAGCAACCAGAGCCAGCUAAGGAAGCCAACACAACCGAGGAAUCUGAAGAGAAAGAUCCCCAAGAGCCAGAAUCCAAUGCACCACAAUCUUAG